AUGAGCAGCAACCAUGCGACAACGAAUAUAGGUCUAUUGACACCACUCGGAAACGGAAUGCGGAGGACUUCGGGCGAGGCACUUGGCUCGCAAAAGAUGAGGGAACAAUCGCCAACGCCAUCACUCAACGGCAAUGCGACUUUCGCCGCCAUGAAUGCAUCACCGAGCGCGGAAAAUAACCAGUGGAGCUCUGCUGUGGGCCACGCGACGACUGGCGGUAAAUCUGGGCGGGUUAUCGAGAAGCUCAUGACGGAGAAUGAUAGGCUAAAGAGAGAGCUGAAUGAGCAGGUCAUCAAGGCGGAGGAAUUGCAAAGAAGCAUGCAAAUGUACAAGCCGAAGAUCGAUGCGUUGCAAGCAGAGAAUGACAACCUGAGCCAUGCUAGGGGCGUGGACUCGGCCCUGAUUUCGCGGCGAGACCGAAAAAUCGAUGAGCUAAAGGCAGAUUUGACGCAAGAGAGGCAGCGCCGCGCAGCAAUUGAACAACGGUCACGGAAUCUCGAGCGGGAACGCGACGAAGCAGUCGAGGAGAAGAACCGAAACAUUCAGACGUUGACAGAGAGUACAAAGCACGCUAUCGUCCACGCACAGAUCCUUGAGACAAGUCAUAAGCAGCUUUCCGCAGAAUACCGGGCCCGGUUCGAAGCCUCAAAAAAGGAUCUUACAGCUCUACGAGAAGAGCGAGAAGACCAUCGAAGUCGUCUCGCUAGGCUAGAUGUUGUCAACGAUCAAAUGAGACAAGAGCUCGAGCGAACAAAGAAAUCACAUAACGAGAUGGUGGCCGUGUGGGAGGAAUAUCAGGAGACCUCCCAGGAAACACUGCAAUCUAUGGAUCGGCGAUCGGCGAUCGAGACCGAUCGUGUGCGAAAGUUGAACGAGGAAAUGACGGAAGUUGUUCAUGAAAUGCGAUGGGUCAUGGGUCUGAAGAAGAAUCUUCGGGUGGACAGCAAAAGUGGUCCUGCGCCAUGA